ACAUCGACAAUUCUACUUUAAAUUAAGAAAGCCCAUAAUUAAAAAUUUUAGGAAUUCAAUCUUUAUAUAGAUUCGAAUUUUAAAAUUGGAUACACAAAUAAGAAAUUAGAUCAAAAGAAGGAAGUAUAUGAUAUGAUAUGACACAAAAUUUCUGUUUUUUAAACAAUAAAUCGGUGAUCUUGUGGUCUUUUUUACAAUCUCAAUCUAGUAGUGUCGAAGAAACAAAACUUAUUAUGAGAUAGAACCAGCGUUGUCGGAAAAUGGCUUUCGUCGAUGCCCGAUGAUCUCUAUCAACCCUUUUAAGCCGCGCCUUUAUUUCUUCUUCUUCUUCCUUUCCUUCUCGUUCUCGCCUUACAGUUGCUCUCCUCAACAAAACCCCAGUUUUUAUCCCCGAAGCAACCAAAAUCCUGACCCGAACCAAGACAUCCAGGUUCGGCUACUCGCCUUUAUAUUUGAAAGCCUUAUGAAGUCUACCUUGAUUUAUAUUCAAAAUGUUACUGAAUUAAUAUUUAUCCACUAUACAGAUAGGACGGAAGCCUAAUGAAGUUAUGGUGGUAGACAGGAAGUUCAUUUACAAGCAAACUGGGAAGCCUGUCCAUUCCCUUGAAGAAACUGGCAGUGCUAAAUGGUUUUUUGUCCUCAGUACAUCGAAGAUAUUGUACGUUGGUGUGAAGAAAAAGGGUACAUUUCAAAAUUUGAGUUUCUUGGCAGGUGGUGCUACCAUUGCUGCUGGAAGAUUAGUUGUUGACAAUGGCGUCCUUAAGGCAGUUUGGCCACACAGUGGACAUUACCGUCCGUUAGAAGAAAACUUUAACGAAAGCUUUAACAACUUCAUUUCAUUUCUAAGGGCGAACAAUGUAGAUCUUAACAAUGACAAGGUAAAAAAAGAUGACUCCGGUGGAUGAGGAAGGAAACUUGGCUGGCAAGCAAAGAAGCAGUAACCAUCUUAGAUGUAACUCGUCUGAAGAUGACUUUAACUUCGAGGCUGAGGAGAUCAAUGUCAAAGACUCGAUCGAUCAAAUACGAUAGUUGAUUCAUGGGGAACAUGAAGCCGAGUCAAGGAGGUUCCACAGCCUUAGCUGAAAACAAUGUAGCUUUUGUGCCUAGUUGUAAUAAAGAUAAUUCGAUUGGAUUCAUCUUUGGUGGAUGGUUAUGCAAUAGAGGAGGAAACCGUUAGUUCGGAACUGGAUUGGUAUGAAAAUCAUGCAGAUAAUGAGG